UACGGCAGCACACAAAGUCUAUGGAGAUCGGUGAGUUAAAUCACACAUAAAAUUCAAAUUUUUACACUUUUUCAGAAAUAAUCCGGCCAAUGUCAUUAUAAGUAUGGGUGUUCACACUCCCAGCGAUUUAACAUCGUCUAAUGUUCAGAGCAGUACAGCUUCCGCUAUAAGAAUCCAUCCAAACUACGACGCUGAACACCUUAUUAACGACAUUGCUAUCGUCAGAGUGUCUUCUCCAUUUUCUCUAAGUCAGAACAAUAUCAAUUCUGCUUGUCUUCCCGGGGCUGGCGCAUCCUACACCGGUCAAACAUGUGUUGUCGCUGGAUGGGGUGAAACAAAUUACGGUACCCAAGACCAUCCUACUAAUCCUAUGAAACAAGUCAAUCUGUCACCAGUUGAUAUUGCCACUUGCAGGGCAGGAUUAUUGCCAGUUUUGCCAACAGUUGAUACAUAUCUGGAUAUGACAGGAGGUGAAAUUUGCGCCGGAGGCGAAUCAAUGAAAGACGCAUGCACGUACGAUGGAGGAGCACCACUCGUAUGUCCCAAUACUGGAAAAGGAAACAUUGCCGGAUUGGUCAUUUGGGGGAAAAAUUGCGGACAACCUAGUGUCUAUGGAGUAUACGUAAACGUGCCUUUCUAUAGGGCGUGGAUCGACAGUAUAAUCACAGAGUUCAAUAAUUCGUGAUAAAACAGA